AUGGGGAUUCCAAGGUUCUUUGGCUUCAGAGGCAGGUCUUUGAACCUCGCCAUCAGUUCUCUCGGCAGUCUUGAUUUCCUGCUGUUUGGUUAUGAUCAAGGUAUCACGGGUGGUCUGCUCGACCUGCCCUCUUUCAUCAAAUACUUCCCUGAGAUCAACCCCAGUGAUCCAGAGAUCGCGGACAACCCGGCUGCCAGAUCCCAGCGCAGCACAAACCAAGGCAUUGCUGUUGCAUCAUACAAUCUGGGCUGCUUCCUUGGCUCCAUCCUGACCAUCUUUGUCGGAAACCCGCUCGGCCGACGGCGCACUAUUUUCUGUGGCUGCACAAUCAUGACUAUAGGCGCAUUAUUGCAAUGUACCUCAUAUAGUCUGCCGCAUUUCAUUGUCGGUCGAAUCGUCACAGGCGUAGGCAAUGGUAUGAACACAAGUACUGUACCGACAUGGCAAUCCGAAUCAUCCAAGGCUCACGACCGUGGUAAGAUGGUCAUGAUUGAGGGUAUGCUGAUUACUGGUGGUAUUACUUUGAGUUACUGGAUUAAUUACGGGAUGUCAUUCAUCGGAGACAACGAAGUGGCCUGGCGAUUCCCCCUCGCCUUCCAGAUCACCUUCGCUGUUAUCAUUUUCUGCUCCAUUCUCAACCUUCCCGAGUCUCCUAGAUGGCUGGUCAUGCAAGGCCGGACGGAUGAGGCCUUGGAGGUUCUUGAGUGUCUGAAUGAGAAACCCCGCGAUGACCCAUAUAUUCAGAACGAGCUCCUCGCCAUCCAGGAAACCGUUAAAGAAAUGUCCAAGGGCUCCUUUAGAAGUCUGUUCGACAUGAGCGAGUACCGCGAAUUCCACCGUGUGGCACUCGCCUAUGUCAACCAGAUGUUCCAGCAGAUUUCCGGAAUCAAUCUGAUCACCUACUACGCACCUUCAUUAUAUAAAGAGAUCGGUCUGGGUGACGGCAAUCUCCCAAAACUGCUAGCCGCCUGCAACGGCACAGAGUAUCUCAUGGCUGCAUUCAUCCCUAUCUUCAUUAUUGAAAGAGUCGGCCGCCGCCCACUGAUGCUGUUCGGCGCCGCCGGCAUGUCCAUUUCCAUGGCCGUUCUCGCAGGCACCAACUACCGCCUCACUUACCUCGGCGACAGCAAAGCCGGUAUCGGCCAGGCCGUCUUCCUCUUCGUCUUCAACACCUUCUUUGCCAUCGGCUGGCUCGGCAUGACAUGGCUGUACCCGGCCGAAAUCGUGCCUCUGCGCAUCCGUGCCCCGACCAACGCAUUGGCCACCAGCGCCAACUGGAUCUUCAACUUCAUGGUCGUCAUGGUCACCCCCGUUGCAUUCGAGAAUAUCGGAUAUAAGACCUAUGUCAUUUUUGCUGUCAUUAACGCAUUCAUGUUCCCCUGUGUAUACUUCUUCUUCCCGGAAACCCGCUACCGAUCUCUGGAAGAGAUGGACGCCAUCUUCAAGAAAUCGACCAACGUCUUCAAUGCCGUUACGAUCUCUAUCAAAGAACCUUAUCGCUAUGACAAGCAUGGCCAGCUCAAGGAUGAGUAUCUUGAAGAGGCUCUGCGCCAGGACAAUACCGAUAAGCACGUCGCGGGAGGCAAGUUCGAAAGUGAUGAGAGUGCUAAUGAUGUUAAGGCUUGA